AUGUUUCCACCCUGGGGAGACCUGUGCAACUGCAGCGCCGUGGGGAGUGCCAGCGCGGCCAAAUGCAACGGCACGACGGGGCAGUGCCCCUGCCUCGAAGGCUACGCGGGGCCGCGGUGCGAGAGCUGUGCCGAGGGCUUCUACCUGGAGCGGAGGAGCCAGCGGUGCCGUCCCUGCGGCUGCAGCCCCGCCGGCUCCAGCAGCGCCCGGUGUGACGACUCUGGGAAAUGCCAGUGUAAAGUUGGUGUCACGGACCUGAAGUGUGACCGGUGCAGUGAUGGAUACUACAGGUUUAACGAAACCACCUGCGAGCCGUGCCAGUGCAACAACCACUCCAAAACCUGCGACAGCUUAACAGGCACCUGCCUGCUCUGCCAGGAAAACACCGAGGGAAACCACUGCGAGCUCUGCAAGGAGGGCUUCUACAGAAGCACCUAUCCUGCCCACGCCUGCCAUCGCUGCCCGUGCUCCACCGUGGCAUCGACCGGUACCUGCCGAAUACAGCCUGGUGAAACUGCCCCAAGGUGUGACAAAUGCAAAACGGGGUACACUGGCCCGAACUGCAACCAGUGCGACAACGGCUACUACAACUCCGACAGCAUCUGCGUGAGAUGUAAAUGCAACGGGAACGUGGACCCAGCACGGUCACCCAGCGUGUGCAAGCCUGAUAGCGGGGAGUGCAUCGGCUGCCUGUACCACACUGCUGGGUUUCAUUGCGAGGAGUGUGAGGACGGCUACGUCCGAGACCCCGAGGGCACCAACUGCACCAAGAAAGAAGCCACCCUUGGCCCAGAAACAAGGGAGUUUACAACUUCUGCUCCAAAUGCCAGCAAGGCAACGUCAUUUUCAACAGCAGUGAUAAACAGUACGUUGUCACCAACAACUAUACAGACUAUAUUUCCUAUAAGUUCCUCUGACAAUAGUACCUCUGCUUUUGCAGAUGUUUCAUGGACUCAGUUUAACAUAAUUAUUUUGACAGUUAUCAUCAUUGUUGUGGUCCUACUAAUGGGCUUUGUGGGUGCUGUCUACAUGUACCGUGAGUAUCAAAACAGGAAACUUAACGCUCCUUUUUGGACCAUUGAACUCAAAGAGGACAACAUCAGUUUUAGCAGCUACCACGACAGCAUACCCAACGCUGAUGUUUCGGGGCUGUUGGAAGACGAUGGGAAUGAAGUCACACCGAAUGGACAGCUAACGCUGACGACUCCCAUGCAUAAUUAUAAAGCUUAG